AUGUUGUACGCUGAACAGACCCCAGGUUGUGAGUACAGUGGUGCUGGACAGCGCACCUCUACAGUACAUGCGCCCAUUGUGCCCGUCGUCUCCGGCACUCGACGACUGCGUCCAACCUCAGUCAACCCACCGGCCAAGUUGACGUCCAAGUGCAGGCGAUUUGCGGACGAAUCGCAGACACCGGCCGACUCGGAUCACGUAGCCGGCGAAUGCAGCGAAGCGCAAGGAAGACGAACAGAGAAGCCGGCCGCAUCGUGCCGGGAAGCGGGUGCCGGCUCCAUUACAUCACCACCUUCGUCGACGACGUCGCCCCGCCUCGAGGUUGAGAGAUCGACGUCGACGGCGGCCCCAUCCCCGUCUCACGCGCCUGCCCGUCCCGCCGCGGCGAUGGGACAAGCAGAAGCCGGGUCGGGCGAGGAAACCGGCGUCGAGGGCACCUCUGCCGUCCCCGGCGGAUGCUCCUGCGACAGCGACGAGGACUGCAACGCCGUCGAGGUGACCUUCGACCCGGGCAACCCCUACCGCCGCAAGAGCUCGCUCGUUUCGUCCGAGGCGACGGUGCCCUUCGUCCGCGGCGUCGGCCGCCGCGACCAGUGCAUCGUCCACCAGUUUCUCGACUCGCAGCGCCGCGCGAACAAGGCGGUGGCCGGCGAGCUCGACGGCCCCCAGUUCCGUGCCCACCCGGCCUACUCGAGACCGCGCAGCCGGGAGGGUGAGCCCGACGGUGCCGUCGACGACGCGAGCCGAAAGGAGCCCGCCGCCUCGGCCCGACCCGGGAAUGUGCGGCGCAAAUCCCGCGCCGUCCUCGAGCCCGGCACCCUCGACGGCGGCGGCGACGUCGGCCAGCCCGACCAGCUUGUCUGGACGCGCGAGAUGACCAAGCCCCAGCAGAACGAAGACAUCCGCAGCCGGAUGCUGACCAAGAAGCAGCUCAGCGACAUGGCCUGGGGCGUGCGCGAGCUGAGCCGGCGGCUGAGCAGCAUGCGCAUACGCAUCCGCGUCCGGACCAUCUUCCUGCUCUCCAAGGUCUACGACCAGGACCUCAUCCCCAAGACGAGGGACCUCACGCGCUGGCUGCUGGGCAAGGACCGGGACGUGCAGUACACCGUCUACGUCCAGGACAAGCUCAGGGCGAACAAGAAGUUCGACGCCGGCCAGCUGCUCGACGACCUGGCCGCGAGCCACGCGGGCGAGGGCGGCGACGUCGAGGCCGCCCGCGCCGCCGUCUCCCACCGCCUGCGCUACUGGGACGAGCCCAUGUGCAAGGCGCGGCCGCACACCUUCGACUUCGUCAUCACCCUCGGCGGCGACGGCACCGUCCUCUACGCGAGCUGGCUCUUCCAGCGCAUCGUCCCGCCCGUCCUGAGCUUCGCCCUGGGGAGCCUCGGCUUCAUGACCAAGUUCGACUUUGACGAUCACGAGCGGAUCCUGAGCGCCGCCAUGAGCAAGGGCGUCACCGUGAGCCUGCGCCUGCGCUUCGAGGGCACCGUCAUGCGGAGCAUCCGGAGGAAGAGUUCCCGCAAGAGCUCGCAGAAAAGCUCGGGCAAGAGCUCCGACAGGAGCUUCGACGGCGCCGGCGCCGCUGCCGACGAGGACGAGGACGACGAGGACGACGAAACCGCGAGAGACCUGGUCGAGGAGCUCAUCGGCGUCGAGAGCGAGGACGACCACACUCACCGGCCCGACGGGACGUACGAGAUCUUGAACGAGAUCGUCGUCGAUCGUGGGCCGAACCCCACCAUGUCGUACACGGAAAUCUUCGGCGACGACGAGCACUUCACCUCGGUCCUGGCCGACGGCAUCUGCGUCUCGACGCCGACGGGCUCGACGGCCUACAACCUCGCCGCGGGCGGGUCCCUGUGCCACCCGGAGAACCCGGUGAUGCUCGUGACGUCCAUCUGCGCCCACACGCUAUCGUUCCGGCCCAUCAUACUGCCCGACACCAUCGUUCUGCGCGUCGGCGUGCCGUACGACGCCCGGACGGCCUCCUGGGCGAGCUUCGACGGCCGCGAGCGCGUCGAGCUGCGGCCGGGCGACUACGUGACCAUCAGCGCGAGCAGGUACCCCUUUGCCUCGGUCCAGGCCGAGGGUCGCCGUAGCGAGGACUGGGUGAACAGCAUCAGCGGCAAGUUGGGAUGGAAUACGAGGCAGAAGCAGAAAGAGUACAAGGAGUGGGACGGGUAG